AUGGCGUCGUACGUGGAGAUCCUGAAGCGCGAGUUCCCACAGAUCGACACCGAGCUGUUCGACUACAUCACAGGAGUCCUAGAUUCUGGAGGAGAAGACUUCACAGAUGCAGAGGAGGUGUUUGAGGCAGUGGGAGGGUUCCUGCAGGAGGUGUCUGCGGACGUGAAGAACGAGGAGGAGAUCAGAGACCUGUGCGUGCAGAUGUUCAACUGCCUCAAACUAGACAAUGGUGAUGGUCCUCAGCAGCAGGUUCUGUUAGACGCCCCAGUCCAGCUGUCCCAGAUCAGCCACGCAACAGCUGAGAUCAAAGACGUCCAGGGCAUCUGGAUGAUCAAGAGGCCUCAGAACACGACGGUCAACGCAAAGAAAUUGGAAAAAGCUGAAGCAAAACUCAAAGCAAAACACGAGCGCCGCAACGAGAAGGACCAGAAACCGAGUGCUCCUGUGGUCCUGGAGGAGGCGUCAGCAAGUCAGUCCUGCAGUAAGAAGGAGAACAGAGUGGAUCAGAGCGGGAAGAACAGGAGCUACGACAUCCGCAUCGACAACUUUGAUGUGUCCUUUGGAGAGCGGGUCCUCCUCCAGGCUGCAGACCUCUCACUCUCUUUUGGGAGGAGGUACGGUCUCAUAGGGAGAAAUGGUUUGGGGAAGACCACGCUGCUGAAGAUGCUGUCGAGUCGCAGCCUCCGUGUCCCUCCUCAUAUCUCCAUCCUCCACGUGGAGCAGGAGGUGGAAGGAGACCACACCAGAGCUCUGGACAGUGUCCUACAAAGCGACACUGCCCGAGAGAACCUCCUGCAGGAGGAGAAGGAGCUCAACCGACGAAUCAAUAGUGGCACGGCUGAUGGGACGGAGAGCGUGCGACUCUCUGAGGUUUACGCCAAAUUGGAAGAGAUCGAGGCCGACAAGGCUCCAGCUCGGGCCUCUGUGAUCCUGGCCGGUCUGGGAUUCUCCCCAAAAAUGCAGCAGCAGACAACCAAGGAGUUCUCUGGAGGCUGGAGGAUGAGGUUGGCUUUGGCCAGAGCGCUCUUUGCUCGGCCGGACCUGCUACUGCUAGACGAGCCCACAAACAUGUUGGAUGUCAGAGCGAUUCUGUGGCUGGAGGAUUAUCUACAGACCUGGGUGUCCACCAUCUUGGUAGUGUCACAUGACCGUAACUUCCUCAACGCUGUGGUGACGGACAUCAUCCACCUCCACACGCAGCGACUGGACAGUUACCGCGGUGACUACGAGAACUUUGUCAAAACCAAAGAAGACCGACUGAAGAACCAGCAGAGAGAGUAUGAGGCUCAGCUCCAGUACAGACAACACAUACAGGUUUUCAUCGACCGAUUUCGGUACAACGCCAACAGAGCAGCACAAGUGCAGAGCAAACUGAAGCUGUUGGAGAAACUGCCUGAGCUGAAGCCGCUGGAGAAGGAGAUAGAAGUUCUACUGAGGUUCCCAGACCACUUUGAGAAGCUGUCUCCCCCGAUCCUGCAGUUGGAUGAAGUAGAGUUUUACUACAACAAAGAUCAGAGACUUUUCACUGGACUGAGUCUGUGUGCGGAUCUGGACUCUCGCAUCUGUAUGGUCGGGGAGAACGGUGCUGGGAAAACCACAGUCCUGAAGCUUCUGAUGGGAGAACUCACGCCUGUGGGAGGAGUCAGACAAGUGCACAGAAACCUAAAGAUCGGAUACUUCAGUCAGCACCAUGUGGAUCAGCUCGACCUGAACGUCUGCUCUGUGGAGCUGCUGGCCAACAAGUUCCCUGGUCGUCCAGAGGAGGAGUAUCGCCACCAGCUGGGCAGAUAUGGUAUUACAGGAGAGUUGGCGACUCGCCCUGUGGCCUCUCUAUCUGGAGGACAGAAGAGCAGAGUGGCCUUCGCACAGAUGACUAUGCCCUGCCCAAACUUCUACAUCCUGGAUGAACCCACAAACCACCUGGACAUGGAGACUAUAGAGGCUCUGGCUAAGGCUCUGAACGUAUUCAAGGGGGGUGUGGUCCUGGUGUCCCAUGACGAGCGUCUGAUUCGUCUGGUGUGUCGUGAGCUGUGGUUGUGUGAGCGUGGUCAUGUGACCCGCGUCGAUGGCGGCUUUGACCAAUACAAGCACCUUCUGCAUGAGGCCUUUCGGAGGGAGGGAGUGCUCUGA